AGUUUAGACAAUUUUUACUUUACUCAGCUCCGGCUGUGCUGCAAAAUGUUUUUAACGAUGAAUACUAUGAGCACUUUAUUUUGCUGCAUUGUACAAUGCGUCUUUUGAGUUUCGAAAAUAUCGAUGAUGAUACUUUUGUGCAUUGCCAAGAAGCUGUUGAAACGUACGUUGACAUGUGUGAACAUUUGUACGGAGAACAAUUUCUGUCAUACAAUGUACACGGCCUUCUACAUAUAUAGUAGGUGAUGUUAAACGACUCGGGUCUUUGGAAUCGUUUAGUGCUUUCGACUAAGAAAAUAAUAUGCCUCAAUUUCGGAAGUAUAUUCGCAAACCGCACCUUACAUUGCAACAGUUCUAUAACAGAAUAUCUGAACUGAACAACGUAAUCCUAACAUCUUUAGAUGACAAUGUCCAAGUUCGUGGCUCAAAAAGUCACNCAGAAGGUCCUUUAGUACAAGAGAUUUCCGCCCAAUUUUGUCGGCAAUUUCAUAAAUUGCAAAUUAGAAAAAUUAUAUUUUCAACCACUGAGCGUGACAACUGCUGCCUGCUGAAAAACUUUGAAAUCUGNAUAAUACAGAACAUCAUACAGAUAGAAGAAAAUAUUUUGUUCAUCGUAAAAAAGUUUCGUACAAACGUUAUGUUAUAUAACGUUGGAGUGACGUCAGAUUUUGCUGGGGUAUACCAUUGCUCAAAUUUAUCAGUUGCAAUCGAGGCAAUUACUCUAAUCAAUGUUAAAGGAAAGAUGUAUAAAAUGCCGAAGUGGAGUGCCCACGAAGGCCAGGAAGAGCGCAUUCUUGAAAACGAGUGGAUAUGCGCAUCGCUUAUCACACCUCUNGUAUUACCUGAAUAAUGAAUAAUCAGAGUAAUGCUAAACAAAAUUGUCUGCUAAUUAUUAAAAACCUCCGAAAUCGAACAAAGAUGGAUAAAGGAGAAGGAAAUAAAAAAAAGAAGAAAUAUUCUAAAAUUUCUGGCAGCGGUAGAUUGGUGACACUACCAGAACGGUUUAUGACAUCAUCAUCUGAUGAAGCUUUGAGGAGACCAAAAACCUCUCAAGGUAACAAAUGUAUGAAAACAGAACUUCAUCGACUUCGACUGCUAAUGAACGAAAGAAACAAGAUCGGAGAAAAAUCGGUUAAUACGGCUAAUAUAUUGGAGAAAAUCACUAUUCCGAGUACGUCGGAAAAAAUGAAGAAUGCUCCAGCAUCUAUUUCCGUAUAUUCACAAGUAGACACUUCUAAUAGCGAGACGCAACUAUUUANGCCUUCAGAGUCCGUAGCAUGUGCAAAAUCUACAAUUACAAUGUUUCCUGUUUCUCGGACAAGUGAGUUAGAAAACGCAGGAAAAGAGAUGAGAUGCACAUGUAAAAACCAAGACAUUCUUAAUCGAUUAACGCCAAGAACAAAAAAGGUAAACCCUACUACUCCAAAUUGGACUUGCAAAAUGCUGUUGAUGCUGUGAAGAGAGGCAGCUCAAUGUGGGCAGCUAGUCAAAACUACAAAGUUCCCUACAGCACUUUGUCUACAAGAGUAAAAGGUGUCUACGACAUGGAUGUAACAAGAGGUCCUAGUAGUGUUUUUAGUAAAGAAGAAGAAAAAGACAUUGUCACUUGGAUCUUCAAUAUGAGCAGAUGUGGAUUUCCAAUCGAUAAACAGCAUUUACUCGAUACAAUACAGAAUAUUGUACAAAAAACUGACAGGAAAACACCUUUCACUGAUGGUAGACCAUCCAAACAUUGGUACAGUGCUUUUUUGAGAAGAAAUCCAGAGCUCUCCGAGAGGAUGUCUCAAAAUUUGACCAAAGCAAGAUCAGAAGUUUCAAGAAAGUCUUUCGAAGAUUGGUACACUGAAGUUGGUGGAUACCUUGAAGAAAAAAACUUGAAAGACAUUGAUCCCAGCAGUGUAUUUAAUCUAGAUGAAUCUGCAUUUAUGUUGUGUGCGAAGAGUGGUAGGGUGUUAGUGUCAAAAGGAAUUAAAAGUGUAUACAAUGUGUGCAAAAGUGAUAAGGAGUGUUACACAGCAUUGAUUGGGGGUAAUGCAGCAGGCACUCUUCUUCCCCCAAUGAUUCUGUACAGUUAUGAGAGAAUACCUAAAACGAUUGCAAACAAUUUUCCAAAUAGUUUCAUCAUAGGAAAAAGUGAUACUGGCUGGAUGACAAGUAGUACAUUUUAUUCGUACAUAGUGAAUCACUUCCAUCCUUGGUGUAUUAAAGAAAACAUACCUUUUCCGGGAAUUAUUUAUGUGGAUGGGCAUAGUUCCCAUUUAACCAAAGCAUUAAGUGAUUAUUGCUGUGAUAAUCAAAUUGAGUUGAUAGGACUCGUGCCAAAUGCUACUCAUUUACAUCAGCCCAUAGAUGUUGGCCUUUUUCACGUAUUAAAAAAUGCUUAUAAAAACAGGCUCAGAGAGUGGAGACAAAACCAUGAUGGCCAAUAUCCAACAAAAGUUUUUUUUCCAACGGUGUUGGAGAAAGCUUUAAGUGACUUGGACUUAAAGGAAAUUCUUAAAAAUUCCUUUGAGAAAUGUGGUUUGCAUCCUUUUAAUCACAAUAGUAUAGAUUACUCAAAAUUGAUACCAUAUGAUCCUGUACGUAUCAUCAGUAAUGAUCAAAACCAUGAUGAACCAUCGCCAACUGUCUCAUCACCUCACCAACUAUCUCACAACAUUGAAUCUAUGAUAAAACCAGAUGUUUUGAAGAUGUUUAAAGAGAAUGUAAGUCCAGACUGGAAAGGAUCUAUUGAAUACAAGAAAUUAUUUGUUGUUUGGCGUCAGUGUAUUAAUCAAUCAAGUAACAAAGUGAGAGGUGCUGAACCUUUAUGCACAUCAAACAUUAACUGUCAGUCAAGUGUGAAUACUGGGUGUCAACUACACAAAAAUGGUUCAUUUGAAGUCACUGUAACUAACAAUACCGUGACAUCUCAAGUUCCUGAGGAAAUUGUCAGUGAAUUGGUGCAAGAUGGCAUAGUAGAGACAGUACAAUUAAUUGAGCAUCAUUUAGAUGUGGAUAAUUCUUGUACGCCAAACAAUGUUGAAAGUUCUUCGCUCAAUAAUAGAUUUGAUAACAGCUUAUCGCUGAGAAACCAAAGUAUUCUUAGGGACUUGCACAACAUUGAUCAUUCUCAAAAGGAUGAAUAUCAUGAAAAUGAUGGUGGUAGUCCUCUUAAUUUAAGUGUACCUCAUAAGAAUGAAAGAGCCUUCCCUGAGCCUGGUGACUUUCAAAAUCUAUUUUCGAUUACACAAGGUUAACUUUU